AUGCUGCUUCUCUCGCCCGUCGUCCUCACCGGCGCUGCGGCUCUGCUGCUCCUCGCCCACAUCAUCAUCCGUGUUGCGUCACCCCUCUUCAAGGUCCCCGGCCCGGCCGUCUCCAACUUCACCUCGCUGGUCCUGAAAUGGCAUGAACUCAACGCCAACCGGACAAUGUACAUUCACCACCUCCAUCAACAAUAUGGCCCCGUCGUCCGUGUUGCCCCCAAUGAGGUGUCCUUCACUUCGGCGGCUGCGCUCAAGGAGAUCUAUGGCUCCGGUGGGAGUGGAUAUGACAAGACCGAGUUUUAUAACCUAUUCCAGGUCUAUGGCAGGAGGACAAUGUUCUCCACGCUGAACAAGGCUGAUCACGCGAAGCGGAAGAGAAUGAUUGGCGACCGUUAUGCUAACACCAAUGUCAUGCGAGCGGCUCCCCUUGCUGGUGUGCAAGAACGCUCUAGGCGAUUCGUCCAGCGCUGUGCCGAUGCCCCAGGCCGUACGACUGAUGUUUUUUUCGCAGCCGUAUUGGUCCCCAUUGCUCGUAUACUAAUUGUGGUAGCCCUCCACUCGUACGCCUGCGACUGUGUCACUCACCAACUGUUCCAUCCAUUUGGCACCGAUUGCCUGCAAAAGAAGGAGGACGAGGAAAUGAUGCACCAGGUAGCUGCCGAUGACAGCCUGCAGAACCGUCUUGUACUGCAUUACAGCCCAACCCUGCACCGACUCGCCUCUAGGAUGCUUUCCUUCCUUGCAAAGCCUCGAGAGACUCCUCUAGCGGACAACUAUGUCCUGGAGACUGCUAAAGAGGACCAACCCGCAGAAUUUACAGUAUUGAGUCGUCUCAAGGACAAGAAUAGCGUGCUUGACACAGUUGACAUGGCCGCCGAAUGUCUGGACCACAUGGCUGCCGGUAUCGACACAACUGGCGAUGUUCUGUGUUUCCUCAUGUGGGAGCUGUCGCAGCCACGAUCGCAAAAGUACCAGACUCGACUGCAGGAGGAGCUGCGUGCCAAGCCUGAUGUGCCCUUCGAUGACCUCCCCUUCUUGGAUGCCGUUCUAAACGAGGGACUGCGAUGUUUCCCGGCUAUCCCCAUGUCGCUGCCGCGAUAUGUGCCCCAGGGAGGUCGUGCGAUUGACGGCUUCUCAUUGCCGGAGAGGACAGUGGUCAGCUGCCAGGCGUUCUCGCUCCACCGCAUUAACGAAGAUGUUUUCCCCGACCCGGAUGCUUUCUACCCCGGCCGAUGGCUAGCAGCUGAGGGUGAUGCCGAGAGGAGGCGUCUUCAGUUUGCCUUUUCCAGCGGAGGAAGAGGUUGCGUUGGAAAGCACCUUGCUCUUAUCGAAAUGAAAACCCUGCUCCGGGAUGUCUAUUCGCAGUAUAAUACGGAGCCGGACGCUUCCAUGAAGACUGAGGCUAUGGCCAUGUCGGAUCAACUCAUCUCGUCGCGGCCACUGGGAAAAAGGUGCUUGCUCAAGUUUGUAGCACUCGAGGAUGAUGAGGAUGUAAAGAAGGCGGAAUGA